AUGGCCAGGUCUGCAGUCUGUGGGGCGGCAUUCAUCGUGGUUCUAUUAUGCCUGCUCAUGACUACUCCUUAUGUCAUUAAUGCAACGGUAACUUGCGGUCAGGUUGUCACCUUACUCACUCCAUGCAUCCCCUUUGGAGUAUUUGGAGGGACUGUGCCACCAGAAUGUUGUGCAGGCAUAAACGGGCUCCAUGAUGCACAAAACACCGCAGAGGAUCGCAGAACUGCAUGCAGUUGCAUUCAACAGGGGGCUGCAUUGAUCCCUGGGAUUGACUAUGACCGCAUUAACACGCUGGGCGAUCGAUGUGGCUCUCCUUGUCCGUACAAAGUUUACCCCUCUACUAAUUGCUCUGAGGUAAGCUGA